AUGAUUAUGAGUAAGGAUGGUAAUGGGUACCCGUAUACUCGAUAUCUAUGGGUACCCGAUGAUCGGAGUCGGGUUCGGAAUCAGACUGAAAUAGGGAGGGAAUCAGGAAAGGAAUCGACUUUUCAGAUUCAAGAAACGCCAUUAAAAGGCCGAUUCAUCCUCUUAAGUUCCGCCCCAUUUUGCAGAAUCUCCGAAGAAAUGAAUUCAAAGCAUCCACCUGAUUGUACUUUUGGCCAGCGAUCUAUUCCUUCAAAAUCAAAAUCGUCGGGAAAUACAAACAAUCAUCGCCAAGUAUCUCUUUCUUAUUUCCUAAAUAAGAAUUUGAACAAGGGUUCCGUUUUGCCCACUUCAUCUAGGGAUAAAACCAUGUCUGUCUUAUCAACUGUAAAGGUUGAACCUGAAACUAUACCAAUUGAAGAACAUUCUGUAGCCAUGAAAACAGAGGAAGGAGGAGAGACUUCUGUUAACAUUGAUCUAGUUACGAAACAGUUCGAGUGUAACCCGAAAGCGAAAGAGAUAGAGGGUCAUGAACAAAUGUCCAAUAAAAGAAAAUCCCCAUUUGCAGCAUCUUCCUCCAAGAAAAGAAGAGGAAAAAACAAAAGUUUAGCACUGUCUAAAUUGAGGAGAGGAGAAAAGUUACCCCUCGAGUUCAGUACUACGACCAAUCAACCAUGCUGUGAAAAUAGGCGCAUAUGGGUGCGUCACUUGGGUGUAGUGGUGCGCGAUAAAAAUGUUAUUCCACAUCGCAUUUUGGAGUGGAAACACAUAGACAAGGCUCAACUCGAUAAUAUGUGGAAGAUUGUGACAGAAAAAUUUGAUAAUAAGAAUAUGUCUCAUUAUCGCAAUGCCACAUUGAAGCAUAUGCAUAAGUUAUGGAAUGGUUGGAAAAGUGAUUUAAACAGGUUACACGUUCAUCCAUACAAUAACAAUCUCGAGUUAAUUUUGGCUCACAAGCCAAAUGAAAUUGAGAAGGGGGAUUGGGAGUGGUUGGUUACCCACCAAUUCUUGACCGAUAGUUUCAAGAAAAAAAGCUUGAUGAGUAGAACAAAUAGAGGAAAGCUAAAAAUGAUACACCUCACUGGCAGCAAGUCUUUUGCAGAAUUAAACCGAGAAAUUGCUAUAAGAGAUGGACAUCCUCCAACUUAUGAAGACCUCUUCCUAGAGUCUCGGAAACAGAAGAACAAAAUUGUUGAUCCUGAGACGCAGCUCAAAUAUGAUGAGAUGUGUGCCAUUAGAGCACAAAAUCCAUCUAUUUCAAAUAUUGAUUUAGCGGAGCAGAUUUUUGGCCCUCAAUUGCAUGGCAAUGUUAUUGGCAUGGGAUCAGGAGUGUUGAUUUCGCAAUUGAGAGGCUUUAAACAAUCAAAACAUGACCUUCAAAUGACGAAUUUGGCUCUUAAGAAAACAGUGGACAAGUUAGAAGCUGAUAGAGCCAUAUAUGAAGCUCAAAGAGCAGCUGAUAAAGCCACAUAUGAAGCUGAUAAAGCAGAAAUGUCGAAGAAACUGUCAUUUCUAACAAAUUUGAUGAUGGCACAAUUUCCACAUUUGUCAGCCAUAGCAUCAACUUCUAAUUGA